AUGCAAGACGCAGGCGGCAGGCCCCCAAUCAGGGAUGUUGCUCAAGACGUGCUUCUGGUAAGGUACGAGGUACCGCCAAAAAGCUGGCAGCACCAGCCUCGGGCAAGCUCAAGGUUCUUUCCUUCGUCGCCGCCCCGGAAGAGAAGGGGGAGACCGCGCUUUCCCACGCACGCCAAGUCCUUCUUGCCCUUCUCGAAUGUCCACUCUGGUGGAAACUGCCCGACGUCGUUGAAAAAGAAUUACGAAUAA